AUUGCAACUGCAGCAGUAGUAAAGAAGAAGCAGAAAGUUUUUUCUUUCCUUGAUACAGUUUCCUCAUCGAGUCUGCAAAGCGAUAGCCAAUUGAGAGGACAACUAACUCUGUAAUGGUACUACUUUUGCUUCGCGAUUUAAUUGGGUAUCGCAACCAUAUUUCUUUUCAUACUGCUGAAUAUGUAGUGAUUGCCUAAAACAUUAAUGUGCAGGGAAUGUUAAAUGGCGUUCUGGACGAAAAUUUACAGUGUUAGAUUGCGUAUGUACAGUGAUGAAAAGUGAAUUUUCGAUUAAUAGUCAAAAGUAUGAAAUAUCUUCUAUAAGUUUCAUUGCUGCGUCUUGCAAACCGGCCCGUGGGGAAAUAUGUGGUGAAAGUGAAAAUUAAAAUUUGAUGGCUCUAUGUGCGGAAGAAAAUACCUAUUUGUCAUAAUCCAGGUUUUAGAAAUAGAAAAAGUUCACUUCCAGACAGAAGGUUUCUUCUGGAGGGGAAGAAGUGGCUUUCAAUAUUGAUGUAUAUGAAGCUGCAGGAAUAUAAAGAAAAGAAUUUGUGUUUGUGUAUGGAUGCGUCAGUGUGUAUGCUCAAUAAACGACGGAGCACAAAAAUAAUUGGAGGAAGUGAAAAUUGUGCUCCAAAAAGUAUAUCGAAAUCACCAUUAAUAAAGUCAUAAUCAAUCAAAAAUGGUUGUUUCAAACGUCACCAGUUUUUGAAUAAUUUGGAAAGGGCUACGGGCAGAUCUUGGAAUGCUUAGGAAGUUUGCUUCCGGUGUUUAUACUGCUGUUUAAUUUACACUUCAAAGAUUAAGCUUGCCUAUUUGAAAUAUUUUAAACGUGCCAGACGAUGGGAGCUCAGCAGGUGAAGGAGCGAACUUCUGGGUGUGGUGCUCCAACUGGAGGACAACUUGGUUCCGCUUCCACGCUGGGAGCCGGCAGCUCAAUUCGAUCCAGCCGAAAUAAACCUCGAGUACCCAAGGACUCGCGUAUUCUUGGAUCAAACAUUUUUACAGAGCAUAAUGAAGCGUUGUUGCAAUCCCGCCCAUUGCCUCAUAUCCCACCGCCUGGUAGUCUACUAUCUGCUGAUGUACUCGCUCAAAAUCAGGAUAGUUCGGAAAAUCAUACUGGAACGAUGCAUUCCCAAGGCAGCUCUAACACAGCUCAAUCAAGUUUCGAAAACGCGCACCGAUGGACUUCCAAAGAAAAUUUACUAGCACCUGGUCCGGAAGAAGAUGAUCCUCAACUUUUUGUUGCUCUGUACGAUUUCAAAGCCGGUGGUGAAAAUCAGUUGAGUCUACGAAAGGGUGAACAAGUGCGUAUUCUAUCAUAUAAUAAAUCCGGUGAAUGGUGUGAAGCACAUUCUGAUUCUGGUCAUGUUGGAUGGGUUCCAUCGAACUAUGUAACUCCAUUGAAUUCAUUGGAAAAGCACUCAUGGUACCAUGGCCCUAUAUCCCGUAAUGCUGCUGAAUAUUUACUUAGCUCCGGAAUCAAUGGCAGCUUUUUGGUACGAGAAAGUGAAAGUUCUCCUGGCCAACGAAGUAUAAGUUUGAGGUACGAUGGUCGGGUUUAUCACUAUAGGAUAUCCGAAGAUUCCGACGGAAAAGUCUAUGUGACAGCGGAAGCUAAAUUCAAUACUUUAGCGGAGUUAGUUCACCAUCAUAGUGUCCUACACGAGGGCCACGGACUGAUUACACCACUUCUAUAUCCGGCACCAAAGCAGAACAAACCGACCGUGUUUCCCUUGAGUCCUGAACCAGACGAGUGGGAAAUUUGUCGAACAGACAUUGUGAUGAAACACAAACUUGGUGGUGGUCAAUAUGGGGAGGUUUACGAGGCAGUAUGGAAACGAUAUGGUAAUACGGUAGCAGUUAAGACACUUAAAGAAGAUACGAUGGCGUUAAAGGACUUUCUUGAGGAAGCCGCUAUUAUGAAAGAAAUGAAACAUCCGAAUCUGGUACAACUAAUAGGUGUAUGUACAAGAGAACCACCAUUCUACAUUAUAACCGAGUUUAUGAGUCAUGGCAAUUUGCUGGAUUUCCUCCGUUCAACUGGUCGAGAAACAUUAGAUGCCGUUGCUUUACUGUAUAUGGCAACCCAGAUUGCCUCAGGUAUGAGUUAUCUGGAGAGUCGUAACUUUAUUCACCGUGACUUGGCGGCAAGAAAUUGUCUUGUAGGAGACAAUAAUCUUGUUAAGGUGGCAGAUUUCGGGCUGGCCCGAUUAAUGCGAGACGACACUUAUACUGCUCAUGCUGGAGCCAAGUUUCCUAUCAAAUGGACUGCCCCAGAAGGAUUGGCAUAUAACAAAUUUAGUACCAAGUCUGAUGUCUGGGCAUUUGGUGUUCUUCUAUGGGAAAUAGCCACAUAUGGUAUGUCACCUUACCCAGGUAUAGAUCUUACCGAAGUUUUUCAUCGUCUCGAAUCUGGCUAUCGAAUGGAGCGACCUCCCGGCUGUCCACCAGAAGUAUACGAGUUGAUGAGAAAAUGUUGGCAAUGGAACGCUUUGGAACGACCAACCUUUAAGAGCAUACAUCAUGAUCUUGAGCAUAUGUUUCAGGAAUCAUCCAUCACAGAAGCUGUAGAAAAGCAGUUGCAGGGCGCAGCUUUAUCCAUCCAGCUUACGCCACAGUUGGGUAAAAAGCCUCAAAUGGGCGCGCAACAAUCUCAGCAUACAGAGCCUGCUGUUACGCCGAUCUCUGAUACUGGUUCAAGUUCAAAACUUAGCACGUUUGCGAACAAAACUUCUACGACAGGGGUACAAAUGCGCAGGACCACCAACAAGCGAGGUAAAACAGCACCCGCACCACCUAAGCGUACAAGCUUGCUUUCAUCUAGUCGAGAUUCCACUUACCGAGACGAAGAUAGUGGCAAACCUUGCGAAGGCGAUCAAAAUACAAACGGUAUUAUACCCAUCACUAAAUCGACUUCUUGCAGUAGUUUCCUUAUUGAUAAACUAUUUCGAGGCUUUUCCCGGGAUUUAGCUAAUCUAUUGCACAGAGCCACAGAUUCUGAGAACGAGCAGACAGAGAUUACUCCAGAUACCGAUACCGACAGCCAAGAACCUAUUGGUAACUUCCAAAAGUCCUCCUCACAACAAAGUUCCUUCAAGCGCGUUCCUAUAAUGGGUAAUCGUGGAUUGGAAACACGCAGCAGUAAACGAUUGCCACAAGGAGCUCCACGAAGAGAUCAAGUUCUUUUAGGAGCUGGUACUCCACCAACUGGAAUGACAAUUAAUGCAGCUGGCCAACCAGUUGUUGGAGCAUUGGAGGUGCAAAACGUGAAAAAAGCUAUUAAUCGAUAUGGCACCUUACCGAAAGGAGCACGAAUUGGAGCGUAUCUAGAGUCUCUGCGUCAAUCCGAAAGUUCGAGUGGUCAACCUGUAGUAACUCAAAUGCAAUCGAAUUCCGUUCCUCCAGAUCCCCCACCACCAGUAACUGCUGCUAAUGUUAUUUCUAACAGCUUGCAAGUCGCACAGCGGAACGCUAUUAAAGCGCAACAGCAACAUCCUCAACAACAACCGCAGAUGAUACGCAGUAACUCCUCCAGCGGUGUUACUAUGGCUAACUCUGCCACCGCUAGCCUUUCCAAAUUACAAAGACAUCGAACCACAACUGAUGGGUCGAUGAUGACAUUCUCUUCUUUUCGUGGUACUGUUGGAAACAACAGUCCCAAGCGAUCUAUGCCACCUACGCUUGCUGACUUGGAAUUCCCUCCGCCACCGGUAGAUUUGCCACCUCCGCCAGAAGAGUUCGAGGUCCAGCAGCAACUAGGACCACCGUUAGAAAAGCUCUUGAAACCAUCCAACGAUGUUUCAAACACUGAACCAAGUGUUGAAGAAGCGAGUUCACGGUUUGGCGUAAGUUUGCGUAAACGGGAACCAUCAACAGACUCGUGCAGUUCUCUGGGUAGCCCUGCUGAUGCUAUGGUUCAUUCGAGUUGUAACGAACCAUCGACCAUUCCGAUACCACCGCCACCUAGUUUGAGAGAGAACAAAGCGAAGCUUGCUACCGAAAUCAAGGAAAAGGGAAUUGUGCCAAAGUUAAAUACCCCGGAUAGUAAUUAUCUUCCGCAGAAAUCCGCAGCUGAUCCAGUAUUACAACUAGUCAGUGAAUUAACGGAAAACACGAGCCAUCCGAAACCACCCCCGCCACUUCCACCCCCAGUUAUGGAUGUGGCUCUCCACUAUAAAUCUAGCGAUGUAAUGGCUCUGAGAAAAACAUCAGCAAAAUCUGCUGAAACAAACGGAGGAAAUACAGUGCCACAACCAUCUUUCAAAGCUCAGUUAAAAAAAAUAGACCCAAAACGAAUUCCAACUCAAAUUCCCAAAAAGGAGGAAUCUACCAGCAUUAUCGAUUUUAAAUCACGCCUGCGUAAAGUGGAUAAUAGUAAUGAAUCUUCAUCGGUUGCUACCAGUAAUGGAACAACAGGAACGGAUCCUAGUGUUACACAAGGCUGUGGCGAUUCUGGUAGUACAGACAAUAACAAUAAACUGUCCUCCAGCAAUGCCAACAACAACAAUAGUAACAUUAUAAAUAAUAACCAAUCAGCAUCGAUAAGUGAUCUCUCUUCAAGUGACAGUGAAAUCAAGGGUAAAAAAAAUGACAUCCUAUUUCUUCGGAAUGGGACAAAUCGCAAUGGCACAUCUGCGACUGAGCCAUCCUCGAUAAAUAGACUGCUUUUGGAGAAUAACGAGAUCAACUCUUUGAAAUUGAAAAAGACAUCAAUCGAUACGCCACUUGUCACUAGUGUGGCAGCACCAAUCGAUAGCAAUAAAAUAAUUGAGCUAAAAAAGACUGAAAUUAAAAUUGAAUUAAGUCAAGAAGAUAAAAAAUGCGUGAACUCAGAGAGUGGCGGUAUUAGUAAAGGUGAACAUUUAUCGGUUGGCAGCGGCCUUAACACUGGAGAUGACGGCGAUAAACGAAAAAGUACUGGUAGCAUAAGCAGUUUGAAAAAAUUAUGGGAAGCAAAGGAAUCACCUAUUGAACAAACCUCUCAACUUAGUCCUAAAUUAGGUGUAAAAGGUGUGGCAAAUCUAAAGUUGAAUAAUAACCCGGAUGAUAUGGAAACCUCUGGUGUUUGCACUCCUAGUACAACCACAACAACGAAUAGUAGUAGCUCCGGCCAAAAUGAUGACACACAGCAACAGCCUCAAUUAGCUCAGACGAAAAAACCAGCUGUUCCUGUUAAACCGUCAAAAUUUAGUUCUAUUUACGCUACUCCUGUUCAAACACAAGCUCCGCUGUCCACUGUGACAAAUUCAAUCAGUACCAGUAAUACGACAUCGAAAUCUAACGAUAGCAACAGCUCCCUCCUCUCGGAAAAAUCAACUGCAUCUUCAUCUUCCGGACCAGCGUCAUCAUCAUCAGCGGUCAGUCGUGAAGGGAUUUUAGAAUUAGUGACCCUCUUGGAGGGUAGUCUCAAGCUUCCAGUUAACUCUAUUUCUGCUUCUCAAUGGCUGCAGUUGAGUGAACGCCUCAACAGUCUGCAAUCCAGCUGUGUAACAUUUGCUGAGCAUGAAAUGCUUCCACCUCACACUAAGUUUCAUUUCCGGGAGCUAGUCACCCGGGUCGAAAAUCAAUCGCGAUCACUUAGAUCUGCGGGCAGUAAGAAUGUGCAAGACAACGAGAAAUUGGUGCAUGAAGUCGGUCAAUCACUGAAGCAGAUAUCUAACGCGUUGCACAGGGACAUAAGAAGCAGUCAACCACUCGUUUUAACGUUUAGCUAAAGCUUUUGAGUUUUGAUAGUGAUUUACCGACCACUGACAUCAGAUAAGCAUAUAAAUAUUCAUAUAUAAACCGAUAUUUACAACUUCUACUAAUGUUACUAUAAUCAGUAUCAGUAAAAAUGCAGGUAUUAAUUAGCAGUUUUGGGCUACAAGCAUGAAACUAUCUUCUGUUUGUUUUUAUCGUGUGAAAGAAUAUUGAAAAUCUUUAUACUCUGAUAAUGUAGUUAUACUGAACUUUAUCUAGAAUGAGUCACACAUUUAGCAUUUGAAUCGAUAAAAAUUUAAAUAUUCGAUGAUUGCUGUGUAACCUUUUCACGAUUUGUUUCUUUUUGAUUUCUUUUUAAAGAAUACCGACUAUUUGUUUAUCAAAAAUGUGAAUAUGAGUUGCCAUACAUUCAUAAAAAUAUGUUUUGUCCAUCAGCAUGCCAUGCGAAAAUUAACAAAUAGACAAAUGCGCAUUCUUGGUUGUCUCCCUCUUGUAACAGACAAAUUUUUAUAAUUAGAAAGGACGGGUUAAGAGCAUAAAACAAUGAAAAAAAGAAAUUUUGAAUGGCCGUCUUUAAAGAAUAACAAAGAAACCACGAAAGAACUUUCAACGCUCAAUGAAAUUGCCAAAUACGAAAGUGCACUAAUAUUAAUUGAUUUUAAUAAAUGGUUUGAGUAGAUUUUAAAACAAUGAAUCGGAAGCGUUUCAUAGCAAAUGAAGAGAAAUCAGAACUGAAAAUGUUCUAUUUACCAAGUUUUAAUUCCAAAAAUUUUAACAUUAAUAUUUCUCAUUUAAACCAUGCACUGCUCAGUUGUUUUUAAUAUCCGCAUAAUGAUAAACAUUAGUAGCAUAAGUGUACGUAAAAAUAUAGAUUUUGGGGAAGUUUUCAUACUGUUGAGCACUACCCUAAAAUAAUACUUGCAUUGUGUAGGUGUCAAUCGUAAUAAAGCUAUAUUUAAGCCAAAGAGCUUAAGACUACAUUGAUAUUUUUUAUUAUUUUUUGUAACGCAAAUUUUACGGCUUCAUGAGACUUUUUGUUUUUUUAUCGAGCCUAGCUUAUCAUAUAAUUACAACAUGUCUUUGAAUUCAACUGAGGGGAUGUUUUAAAUUGCAAUUAUUGCAAACUUAAGUUAUUUAAAUAUUAUUUUUAAGGAAGACACAGUAAAAUGCUAGUCGUAAACAUUUAUAUUAUACCCGUAAUAGUAACAUUAAAGCAAAACUAAUGUUUGAAUAGAAGGGCAUAUUACUCACGAAACUUUUCUUUUGCGAAUGAUAAAUGAAUAAGGAGUAUUCUUAUUUUUUGGAGCCUGUAUAAUUGUACGAUUACGUAGGAGAAUCUAAAAAUAACAUCAAUGUCCAUGCAGGCUUCAUAAUUUUAUUCGCGUCUCUAGGAAUGUAACAAGCUAAUCAAAUGACAAAAAAAAUCAAAUAAAAUUCGCAAACUUCACUAUAUAUUUUUAGAUAAACCGUCAUUAAAAAAUCCAUUCAUAAUCAAUCAUCUCUUGUCGUAGCAUAUUAACACUCAUGCAUAAAAACAACUAACGUGAAGAUAUUAAAGAAACCGAAAAAAGGGUAUAAUCAAAAACCAAUAUUUAUCAUUUAGCAAUUGGUUUGGGUAAUGAUGAAGUUUACCCCUGAAAAUCGUUUAUAAAAAAAAAAACACGAAUCAAUUCUACAGAUUUUGUAGACAUUAUAAAUAAUCAGUUGGAAAUAAAAAAAUAUUAUUGUAACCAAGUGAAAAUGCGUGAUAAAAAUAACAAAUUAUACACACAUGCUUAUUGUAAGACACAUAAACACCCAAACCAUACGAUAUACAUACGAGAAAGCAUGGAUGGCGAUCGCUACGAAAAAAGGUAGAACACAAGCUAACAAUUCAUAAAUCUACAGUGAGAAUCGUAUAUCGGUGAAUAAUAAACAUCGCCCAUGGCAAUAAUGA